AAUCUAUGGGCUUGCUUCUUCAUAAUCAGUUCUUUGCAUCUCAGCACAAGAUUGGGAACUGAAACUCGCAUCUAAUUCUCCACGUUCACUCAUAAUAACAGUAAAUUGAUCUUGUUCUUCAAUGUAACGUUUAACAGUUGUCAUUGGUGUGAGUGUGGUGCAUAAUCUCUUUGCAGGGCAUGGUCUGUAUGUUAGAAGAGAGAAAUGCAAUAUGCACUGUACGAGAUGUGACAACUUUAGCUUCUCAGGGUUCGCAGCACAAGAUCACUCUUUUACUUCCGGCCUCAACUACAGUACAAGAACUUUUCCAAAAAUUAGCAGAUGCAUACCAAUAUGAUCCGAAUACAUUUGAACUUGUCCUUCAACGCUCAUCUGAAUCUGAACCUGUAGUGCUUAACAAUCAUAAAGAAGAAACUAUUGAAGAAGUGGGAGUGAAUUUUGAACCAGGGUACAACAAUAGUUUGAUUGUGACUGAAAUGCGUGGUCAGCAAACACGCAAAAUGGCUGUAGCAUCUGGAGAUGGUGGUGAAGAUGAGAUGAUGUUGGGAGCGUCAGCCAGCCCAACAGCUGUCAGUGACUUCUCGCAGACGCCUCCUGCUCCACUACCUCCGCCUGUAGUUAGUGGGGAUUAUUAUGGCAGUGUUAUGAUUAAACACGAUACAGUUGAAUAUGUAGGACUGGUAAACCAAGCAAUGACAUGUUAUUUAAACAGUUUACUGCAAGCACUUUAUAUGACACCGGAGUUCAGGAAUGCCUUGUACAAAUGGGAAUACGAUGAUUCGGAGAAGGAUGAAGCGAAAUCAAUUCCAUACCAAUUGCAGAAGCUUUUCCUCAACCUACAGACAUCAAAGAAAUCUGCUGUAGAAACAACAGAACUCACUCGGAGUUUUGGCUGGGAUUCGAGUGAUUCGUGGCAACAGCAUGAUAUACAGGAGCUUUGCAGAGUGAUGUUUGAUGCCUUGGAACAAAAAUUCAAAAAUACUGACCAAGCAGAUCUCAUAUCCAGGUUGUAUGAAGGUAAAAUGAUAGACUAUGUAAAGUGCCUGGAGUGUGGAACAGAAAAGUCUCGAGAAGAUACAUUUCUUGAUAUCCCAUUACCAGUUAGGCCAUUUGGAACAGCUGUGGCAUAUUCUAGUGUGGAAGAAGCACUGCGAGCUUUCGUCCAACAUGAAACCCUGGAUGGCAACAACCAGUACUUCUGUGAAAAAUGCGAUAAAAAAUGUGAUGCUCAUAAAGGAUUAAAGUUUUCAAAAUUUCCAUACUUACUUACACUGCAUUUAAAACGCUUUGAUUUUGACUACACUACCUUGCACAGAAUAAAACUGAAUGACAAAGUUACUUUCCCUGAAGUAUUAAACCUCAACAGCUUUAUAAUAUCGGAUGAAAUUAAAGAAGAAAAUGAAGGAAUAACAGAUGACUUGGUAGUAAAAUGUGAUGAUAGCAGUACAACAGACAGUGGCUCUGCUCUGGAUGAUGAAAGUUGCCAAGGGACAGAAGCAGGUCUAAUUUCCCAUGACAAUGAAUUCCAGGAAGAUGAUGAAGGAAUAGAUAUGGGCAGCUGUGCAAAUCACCAUGAAAAUGAGAAAAAUCGGAGACACGCUCAUGAGAAAGGACCUUAUGUGUAUGAAUUGUUUUCUAUUAUGAUACACUCAGGAAGUGCAUCGGGAGGCCAUUACUAUGCUUACAUCAAAGACUUUAAGAAAAAUGAAUGGUUCUGUUUCAAUGAUCAGAUUGUGACUAGGAUAACUCAGGAUGACAUCACUAAAACAUAUGGUGGUGGACCAUCAAGGGGAUACUAUUCAGGUGCAUACAGUUCAAGCACAAAUGCAUAUAUGCUCAUGUACCGUCAGAUUGACAAACAAAGGAAUUCUGAGGCAAUGACAGUUGAACAAUUUCCACCCCACAUACAGAAACUGCUGGAGAAGAUACAGGAACGAGAAGAAUUUGACCGAAAAAGGCGAGAGCGAGAAUUGGAAGACUACAAAUUAAAAUUUUAUGCAUAUCAUCCAAUAAACCAUAAGUUGCUUGAGGAUAAAGUGUACUGCACAAGUAAAACUACUGUGAGACAAGCUACGGAACUUGCCCAUAAGGCUCUGUCACUUCAAGGGCUUAUACCACUUGAAAGAUGCCGCCUGGUGAACUACGACAGAACACAAGAAACCAUAGAGUGUAGCUUUGAAGGUCAGGAAGAUAAAGCAUUAUGUGAAGUGCUGGAUCUACGGGGUGGUCGCCGGUAUGAUCUCCUGUUACAGCACAGGAAAGAGGAUGAAGAAUUUGAAAUAUAUCAACCUGGAGGUGUAACAUUCAAAGUAUUUCUCAUAAAUAUGAACGCCCACAGUACUGAAGAUGUUGAAGGCCCCUUCACAGUGCGAGGCAAUCUUUACCACACUGUAGGAGAAUUCAAAGCCACAGCUGCUAAGGUCUUAAAUCUAAAUGCCCAAAAGAUGUACAUCUUGCAAGAGAAGAGUAAUAGCCACCCACAGUACUUGUGCAGUGAUGAUGCUACGUUACAAUCCGAAGGCCUUCAUAAUACCAAUAAGAUUUUUGUUGCUGUAUCGCCUGGGGAUGAUGCAGAAAAACCUCACUUUUCUUCAAGAUUGUUUGAAAUAAUUAAGGAAAUUUUGGACACAUUUGAAUAUGUGAUAACACUGAAUGUUGUGGUACCAGAAAUAGAUAAAGAGGUUUUAAGGAAAUUGGCAAUACCACCAUUGAAUUUAGACAUGAAUCACAAUGACAGCAACAGUACACAUGAAGAAAAUAAAGGAAGUGAUGACUGUGUAUCAGGAUUAACAGCGGUGCCAAGUUUACCACCUGGAGGAAUACAGUCCGCAGCUCUGCUAGCAGGAACGGCAGAAGCAGCUAUCCGACCACCGUUGGUGCAGGCACAGCCUCCUAUUGUACCGUUGCCCGCUGCACGGGACAAUUCCCCACAGCCACCAUUGGACCCAGAGGAUGAAGGAAUUGGCUCCACAGGACACAGUGAUCAGAGUGCCAGUGAGGAUAGCAGUCUUACCGACAGUGACAGAACGUUAGUUGGUGAUGUUCCUGAUGAAUGCCUGGCACAUAAUAUUUCUACACCGAGUAAUGGGUCUGACCAGCAGAAUGUAUCAUCUCCAGAAGAGGGAAACACGAGUAAUUACAACUCUUAUACGAAGGAACACUCUGGCAACUGGGAUGCUGAUGACAGUGAUACACCUGGUUUUACGGGUAGAUCGUCUAACUACUACUUCAAAAACAUACAAAGUGCUGAUUCAGACAGCAAAAGAACACUGAAGUUCCUGGUGGACAAAAGAAUGUUCCUGAGUACACUGAAAAAAAAUUUAGAGCCUUAUGUUGGUGUGCCUCAAGAAUAUUUCAAGAUAAACAGAGUACGUACCAGCCAACAAGAGCAGGAGUGUUCUCGUCUUUCAGAAAAUCUUAAGUCUUUCCGUGAUGAUGAAAAACUUAUCAUUAAACUUGAAGGAGAAUUCAGGGGAAAGGUCCAUUUAUUGUGUCCAAAUAAUACUGUAGAGACUAGCAAAUUUCUCUGUGAGUGGAUUAUUGGUAAAGGAAUGACAGUAGGAGAGGCAAAAAAGGAAAUAUUAGAAGAGGUAAAGAAGAAGCACGACUUGGAUAUUCCUUUUGAUAGGUGUAGAUUGAGGAAAAAAACUUGGAAAACCCCUAAGAAAGUUUAUCUGAAUCAUCAGCAGUUUGAAGAUGAUGACCUAAAACUCUUUGCUAAUUGGGAAAUGUUCCUACAAGAGUUGCCUGGACCAGAAGUUGUUACCUCAGUCAACCAGCUGAUCCUAUUUGUGCGUCGUUGGUGCCCUUCUACUUAUGAAUUAAUGCCAUUUGAGGAAAUUGUCCUCGACAACAACAAUAUCACUGAUACAGAGAUCAAGAAAAAGUUGGCAGAGCUAAGUGGUAUUCCAGAAGAGAAUAUAGAAUAUGCAAAAGUGCAGACACAUUUCCCUGCGGAAAUUUCUGUCCUAGCCAUCCAGAAAGACCUCGAAUGGAAUGCUCACUCACCACAGGAUUCGUGGCACCUUAAUAUGCUUGAGGAUGGUGAAAUACUAUUUUACAGGGAUAAAACCGAGCCUGUAAAGGAGCUGACUAAUGAAGAACGGAAAGAAAUAGCUAAUAGGGAAGGAUCCCGUGUGAAUAAACUGGGUUCAGUAUCCUCUUAUUCCCCUCGAAAAGAAAGAGCUUUAAAAAUUUAUGUUGACUCGUCGCCUAAGAAACGGGAUGAAGUUGAUGAACUUGACUGAGGUGUGAACAUUUUAAGUGACUGGUGAAGUUUACUGAAUAUUGUGUAAUGUUGUAUGUUCAUGAAGCAGUGAUAUUUAAAUGAACUUCUGACUGGCAGUUAGGUUGGCUAAUGACAAAACAUGUUGAUGUGUGCUGCAUUUGAGACUUGCGUGAUAUUGUUCUGACCGUCGCCAUUGUGCAAGGAUCGUGUACCUCUGUUCCAGACUGAUCGGCCAAUUGCAUUUGGUUUGUGUUUGUAGGUAUUUUCUAUGUAGUUUUUAUAGUUAAUUUGUGUACAUAUAUACAUAUAUAUUUAUAUACAUAA